ACAGAGUAACUAGAAGGGACAGAGGGACGAGAGAUCGGUCGACGGCGCGUCAAUUGCGGCGACAUUCAGUUGAUCGAGAGUAGUCGAGAGAGAAGGAGUGUGACGUCGCGCCUUCCGUAAAAUGGCAGCACAAAAUCAACGUACGGCGGGCUUUCUCACGCUCAUCUAUCUGAGUUGUUUGUUGUUGGCGCGGGUGCAGUCAAACCCCGUCAAUAUCCCGGUGAACCAAGUGCCGUUGACACUGUGGGACAAGGCGUGGAGAGCUCUGAACGAGCAUUCGCCGACGCAUCACCUGUACGCGCAAGGCAACCUGAUAAAUGCGCAAGAAUUGGUAGAGCCGCCUUACAAGAUAUACAAGUUCACAUAUAACCUGAGCCCAAUAUGUGGAGCUGAAUCUCCGGUCCCAGGGAGUCCCUGUCCUAAGGAAGCCUGCACUAUCGACCUGAAGCAAGAUGAGGACGGCGAGAUAGAGACGCUGAAUGACUCCAUUCAGUGCAUGUACUUCUAUCCUGCCGAUGCGCAGAAUGAGGUGUCGCAGGAACAGCAGGGCGAUCAAGGCACAAGCUACCAGGAACAGGAAGACUCACAGGUCACAGAGAGCUUGGCCGAACAGAUAAACAGCAAUCGAAGCGUCGAGCUACGCCACGAAGUUCAGGAAACCGGUGACGAGAAUGUCAAGCCGUUCAUCGCUAUGCGCGCCUCCAGCACCGGGUAUUGCCCGGGUUGCCCGUAUGAGUUGAAUCCGCAGCUGAUGGGUCUCCUGCCGUUCUCGAAGCAAGCACUGAAAUCGAUGGACGAGCAGUCCACAGGCGAUUACAAACACAAGUUGAUCAAGAUUGUGAAAGUCAUCCGCUCGAUACCAGUCUGGUCCAAUGUGAUACAGUAUCAACUGUUGCUGCUAAUCGGCGAGUCCGAAUGUCUGAAGAAUUCCUUGGAGCAGGAUGAAUGUCCGUUACAGACGGACGUACCGGCGAGACUGUGCCUGGUCACGUUCGAGCAACAACCAUGGCAACAGACAGGCCUGAAGAUCACCAGGAACAAUUGCACGAACUACGAGAACGUGUCCAGCCCCAAUAGUCCGUCUCAGCAGCCAGUUUUAGAGAGUCUGUCGCAAGUGACGGUCAAGUACGACGAAGGACAACCGUCGAAAGAUGCCUACGAAGGCCUGAAAGAUAUGCUGGACAAUUAUACCCACGCGCCGACUCCGUCGGAAACAAGCUCGGAGCCCAAGGAAACUGCGGUGACGGAGCCAACGGUGAUGAAGAUCUUAUUGAACCGCAGUCAAGACGACGAGAAGAGCGAAGGCUUCACCGACAAGAUAAAGGAAUACAACGAAUUCUUGGAGGAUUUCGAUAUACCCGUAAAGAUGGAACAUGUGACCCCUGAUACGCGUGAACCGGUGAAGGAAGAAGAGUUCAAACAAAAGAAGUUAUCGGCGGAGGACUUCAUUGUCGAGAAGGUAACUGACCGAAACAUUAUUAGCAGACAAAAACGAUCUUCUACGAUUCGAUUAGUUGGCGCGCCGUCACCAAAGCCCAUCAGUGAUCCUCAGAUCCAACUUUACGCCCAAAAAGCGUUACACAAAGUUUCGCAGGAGGAGUCGAACAACCCGAAUGAGCCGAUUAUAGUGGAGAUCAUAGAAGCAAGCGUACAGGUAGUCGCCGGUUCACUUUACAAAAUCAAGGUCAAGAUGGGCACUAGCAACUGUCCUAAGGGCACUAAAGACAACUGCCAGUUGCAAGCUGGAAGCGAAGUGAAGGACUGCUUGAUAUCGGUUUUCUCGCAACCGUGGAUCGACCAUGGCGAACCAACGAUAACGGUACAGUGUCCCCCGCCGAACGAGAAUCACAGGAGAAAGCGAUCGCUGCGCGGCGCCAAUUAUAACGAAAAGAUGCUGCAUAUUGCGGAGGAUAUGAGGAGUGAGUGGUUAUUCGAGAACUUUAUAACCACGUACAAUCGGACGUACGCCACGACGGAAGAGAAGAACCUACGGCUCACCAUAUUCCGCGAGAACCUCGGUAUCAUACGUCUACUACGGAGGAACGAACAAGGUACCGGGCAAUACGGCAUCAACCAGUUCGCUGACGUGUCGACCGAGGAGUUCCGCGCGCUUUAUCUCGGCCUACGACCCGACCUGCGUACGGAGAACAACAUUCCUCUCAAGCAAGCUGAGAUCCCAGACGUGAAGCUGCCACCUUCCUUUGAUUGGCGACAAAAAGGUGUCGUUACGCCAGUAAAGAAUCAGGGUAUGUGCGGCUCGUGCUGGGCUUUCUCGGUGACUGGCAACGUCGAGGGACAGUAUGCCAUCAAGCACGGCAAUCUGUUGUCGUUAUCAGAACAAGAGCUGGUAGAUUGCGACGACCUGGACGAGGGUUGCAACGGGGGUUUACCGGAUAACGCUUAUAGAGCGAUCGAGAAGCUAGGUGGCUUGGAGUUGGAAUCGGAUUAUCCGUACGACGGGGAGGACGAAAAGUGCCAUUUUAAGAAGAACAUGGCCAAGGUGCAGUUGAGCUCUGCAGUGAAUAUUACUUCGAACGAGGUGCAAAUGGCGCAGUGGUUGGUUACGAAUGGCCCGAUAUCCAUUGGGAUCAAUGCUAAUGCCAUGCAGUUCUAUAUUGGCGGGGUGUCGCAUCCCUUCAAGUUCCUCUGCAAUCCCAAGAAUCUGGACCACGGCGUGCUGAUCGUCGGAUAUGGCACGAGCAGCUAUCCGCUUUUCCACAAGAAGCUACCGUAUUGGAUCAUCAAGAACAGCUGGGGAGAUCGAUGGGGCGAGCAAGGAUACUACAGAGUUUACCGCGGAGACGGCACUUGUGGACUCAAUAUGAUGGCCUCGAGCGCCGUGGUUGUUUAAUGCAGAGAUUAACUACAUAAAUAAGUUUUACAUGACAAUUAACUUAUAUAUUAUAUAUCUAAACAAUGUUAUACAUAUAUAGAAAGAUUUUCUACUAACUUAAUAUCGGCUGCGGAACGAUUUGUUUGCGAGUCUGCCAUGUGUUUGACAGAUACGGCUGUGCCGCGUUUCAUUCCUGUUGUCGACAGGUGUCGACAUUACACAUCUAUUGAUCGGUAAAAAAACACGUAGCGUUCAACUUAGCAAAUGUUGGUAAGCGUACGGAUCGUCUGUAGCUAGUUGUGUACGUUGCGUAAAUUCAGUUUAUUAAAUCUAAUUUUUUGCGUAUAUUUACAUUGAGUUAAGAGAGAAAUGAUGAUGAUCGUUUACGACAAUCCUAUUUGCUUGUGACUCGCUCGAAAAGAGAUUCAAAGUAUGUUUUUGCAAAUGUUUAUAAAACAAAAAUAUAAAUAUAUAUAUAUAUAUAUGUUAUACAUAAUGUUGGAGCUAGAGCUACGAAAGAUGUUGAGUGUUGUAUAAUUCCGCGGAGUAAAUUUUAAUCACGCAUAAAAAGCAAAACUUCCGCGACGUUUGUGUAUUUUUUUAAAGUUAAGUUUUUUAUAAACUAACUGGUUUUUACAUUAAAUAUCUUAAUAAACUUCAACUCUGCAUAGUGCUAAAGCAUAGAAUUUUAUAUGUGGCUUGUAAACUCUCAAACCAAAGUGCAAGAACACGCGGAAACAAGUAGUUGUCCGAACUUUAUCAAACGUAAUAUAAAAAGAUAACUAUACGAAAUCAUGUCAAUUUAACAGUAAACAUAUUUGAAAUUUAGAUGGCCUCAUUAAACUCUUUCAGUAAUGUGCGAGAGAAACAGAUAUUCAAUAGACGAACAUACAAAUUUCCGUCUAGUUAUCUAGUUUAUAUCGAGUAAAAUCUUUACUAAAUAGGAACAAAUUAAGUUUAGUAAAAUUGUACAAUUUUACGACAUUUACAAUAUUGUAAAUAGCCAUACAUGUACGCAUGACAGAUACACAUCGUAAAUUAAGUCAGAGUACAUCUGGAUAACUGCGAAAUUACAUCUUCGUGUAUAAUGAAGAAGCAUUUAUUUCUGAAAAUCAUCAAAAAACACUGCAAUUUAUCCUAGACGUCAAAGUAACAAAUCUGUCUUUCAUUCUGAUGUUCUGACUCUACUACUAAUCUAAGGUUGUCUUACGAGAAUUUAUCGAUAAAUUUGAAGGCAUAAAAAAAAUUCGAAAUCUUUUAAAUACUGCCAGAUAUAAGAACUUUAGUUAAACUGAACAUUACUUAGAAGUAAUUAGUCAUUACAUUAUCUAGAUGUAUACGCACGUCCAUGAAUUAGAUAUAACACACCAGGGUUAAAUAUAACAUAUAGCUAAUAUGUUAAAUUUAUAUAAUAUAUAGCUGAAACGCGUGAAAUUGAUCAAAAUGCACUUGUCGCAAUUAGAUUCACGUUUAUUUUCUGGAAACGCAGCCAUCGCAAGAUAUAAUCAUUUUACUCUUCGAAGGAUCACAAAUUUUAAGUAAUAAAAUUAACAGACAUGUUU